AUGGAGAAAGGCUGUAUUCAUCUUGCUGUUGUGCUUUUGCUGCUUCAGCAAAUGAGUACUUGUUUGUCGAUUGCCAAUAUCACUACUGAUCAAACAGCACUUCUUACCUUGCGAUCUCAAUUUUCUUUAUAUAAUUCUCAUCACCUCUUAGCAAGAAACUGGUCCAUUUUCACCCCUACUUGUAGUUGGAUUGGAGUUACUUGUGGCUCUCGCCACCAAAGAGUCACUGCCUUAAAUCUUUCUAGUAUGAACCUUAAAGGAAUGGUUCCACCACAGCUUGGAAAUCUCUCAUUUCUCAUUUCCCUCGAUAUCAGAAACAAUAGCUUCUAUGGGAGUUUGCCUGAGGAGUUAGCUCGUUUGAGGAGAUUGAAAAUGAUCAAUGUCAUGAAUAACAACUUUACUGGUGCAAUCCCAUCAUUUUUCGGUCUGUUACCAAACCUCCAUUCCUUGUACCUUUCGUUUAACCAAUUUUCGGGUAAUAUCCCUCCAUCCCUUUUUAAUAUAACAAAACUAAAGUAUUUAAGACUACGAGGGAAUUUUCUUGGUGGAGAAAUUCCUCAAGAAAUCAGUAGACUUUGUUGCCUGACUUCCAUAGACCUGCAAGAUAAUAAGCUUAUAGGCUCUAUACCACCAACUAUGUUUAACCAGUCAUCACUUAAACAGAUUGGUUUAACAAAGAACAACCUUUAUGGGAAACUUCCUGGAAAUAUAUGUGACAAUCUUCCAGAUUUAGAGGCACUUGCACUUUCAAGCAAUCGGUUUGAUGGCUUGAUUCCUCCAAAUUUGCAGAACUGCUCAAAACUUCAAAUAUUAUCAUUGUCUCAAAAUGAUUUCACUGGAACCAUACCAACAGAGAUCGGGAACUUAACUAUGCUGACAGCACUACAGCUUGGAGUUACCUACUUGAAAGGUGAAAUACCAAUGGAGAUUGGAUAUCUUCAAAAGCUCCAAAUAUUCGGGUUGUAUCAAAAUAAUGCUGAGUGGCUCAAUUCCAGCAAGCAUUUUCAACAUUUCAUCCCUCCAAAUCUUGACCAUUGUGGAUUGUCAGCUUUCAGGGAGUCUCCCAUUAAAU